AUGCCGCAUUAUGGUGUAAUAGGUGACGGUGAUAUCACGAAAUUGCCUAAUUUGGAUUCAUUCGCCUCUUUAAUUAGUCGUAGUACAAAUGGCAUUGGUGUUCAUGUGGUUUUAGGAGAUGGGAGCUUCGAUUUUAUGGGACAGUACAAUUUGCAAGAAGUUUCAUGUAAACAACUCUUUGUAUGUCAGUGUUUGUGUGCAUUGAUGAUUCUAAGACCGGGUGGGCAUUUUCUCAUGAAAUUAUUCGAUACAUUCACUGAAUUCACUACUGGUCUUAUUUAUAUAAUGGGCCAUUUAUUUGAAGAAAUUUUCAUUGUUAAACCUGUGACCAGCAGACCAGCCAACUCCGAAAAAUUUUUAAUAUGCAAAAGUUUAAGGUCAACUCUGAUUUCAAUGGUUGGCAGUUGCUUACCAGCUCCAAAGUCAUCUAUAAUAAGUACUCCUGAGGCUGGCAGUAAGCGUCAUGAUACACCAAGUGGUUCACAGAAGUCACAUCAGCUUCAAGCGAAUAGAAACACUGAGAAGACAACAACAUCUUUGAAUAAGGCUGAAGAUGAUGCCGAUAAAGAAUCAUGUUUAGAUUAUGAUUUUGAACUAAAUAUCACAAAGGAGUCAAAUCCACUUAGAUUCAUGAUCAAUUACCUUUCACAAGUCAAUAAAAAGUUGAGAAAUGUCAUUUCGUCAUCUUGUCGUCAAAAGACUGAUGUGUUAAAAGUGUGUCCAAGUGAAAUUAUGGAAAAUGAUGUAAAGUUCAUGCGUUUUAUGCGAAAUAUGAAUGAAAGAAUUACAACUCGUCAGUGUAUUGCAUUGUCUAAGUUGAUCACAUUUUUAAAAAAUCCACAUCUUGUUGAAGAUAGAAAAAGUGCUUUACGACAAUCAUGUUUGAUGAAAUGGCAGAUUCCAGUGCAAAAACGUUUACAAAUACCAUGGCCAAUGACAGAUGGAAGUAGACUCACACUGAAUCAAUAUUUGUUGUUAGCUGACAGUAGAAUACCUUUACCUCGUGAAUAUUGUCCUCAUACAAGACUCACUUCAAUAAAUAAGAAAGAUAUAAAUGAUCAGAAGGAUUGGAAUGGACAUCAUAUUGGAUUGGUUUCUGCUCAACCGAUGUUGAUUUAUUCACGUGGUAGCAGAAAUGAAGAUAAAUUGUGCACAACAGAUGGAGAUACUUGGGAAACAUUAAAUGAAGUGAUACCAGACUUACAACCUCGACUUCCAGCAGGUACUUUGAUUUGGGGACGAGCAACUAACGAAUACUGUUCAAAGACUGGAUUACGAAAACAUGCAUUGUUUGUUUACGAUGUUUUGUGCAUAUAUGGUCGUGAUUGCCGUCAACUUGGUUAUAAAGAGCGAAUGAAAGCUGUCGAACGAAUGGUGAGUGUAGUUAAUUUUCCUGAUAUGAAAUCAUCGAAUAUUCGUGUUCCACCGUUUGUCCAUUUAUCACAACUUGAUGAUUAUAUAAAUGGACUUCUCCUUUUUCCAUUGGAACACCCUCAGAAAUAUGUGCGAAUGCAUUGUUUCUCUGAUGGUUUCAUGUUCCAGCCUCAUUGUUUGUUGUUAGUCAAACACUUAAAAGGGGAAUUGAGCAAGUCAGUAAAUCGACGUACUGGGGAAUUAAUGGAUUUAAGUAAGAACGCCAUAAAAUCUGCUUCUGAUUUACCUGAAAGUGGAGAACAUUUAUUCAACUUGAUUCUACACUAUAUUUUUGGUACAAGUAUGGGAUUUUCAGCAUGGAUAUCGGUAGCCCAAAUUUUUGCAGGCCGACCGUAGAUAUCAGGUGUGCCAUCGGUAGGGGAUCGAACCUCGGAUCAUGUGCAUGGUCAGGGAGAGUCCUAACCACUGUGCCACCGACGCACAGGUUUUAGGCAGCUGAUGGGAAGCUGACGAAAUAAACAAUGCUACUAUCUGAUUCUGCACAGUCUGUAUGUCCUGUUUUAUUUCAAUAACGUUAAAGACUGAUUUCUGGGGUCACCUACCCUGACAGAGAUUCGUCUUCAGGAAACAUUUUACUAGUUUCUAAGCCUCGCCUACACUGGUUUGGUGGCCAAGUUACUCCUGACACUCUCUUCCAACAAUGUAGGCAUAUUAUGCUCAUGCUUGUUGAAGGUAUAUUCUAACCAAUGGAAUUAAGAACAAUCUUAAAACACUAAAAUCAUUCCAAUACAUUCAUUAGAUUUUAAACAGUACAGACAAAAACAUUCACCAAUGAAAUAUGAAGUGUAUUAUAGUUGACUGGUGUCAUAAAUCGAUUCAGCUAUCUAUGCUAAGUACUUACUUCCGUAUAUGUAUGGAUAUCCUACUGAAGAAGUGUGAACUUGCACAAUGUUGUGACACAGCAACCAUUUGGAUUCCUGGAUAGUUAACCUAAGGAAAUUCAGAUAAAACUCAGAGAUAUCAAACAGAGCGAAACAUGUAAUUCUCCAAGUUAUCGUCUCCAUAAAUCUGUUUCAAAUAAUGUGAUCCCUUGUGAUAUAGACUGAAUAUUUUGCAAAAUGAUUAGCUUUAAUAUUCAGCAACAGCAAAAGGAAAUUUGAUGAAAUAUAAAAAAUAAGUAGAACAAAGUUCACGGAAGAGUCUCUUUACAGAGGCGAAUUCAUUCACUUAGCUGUAC